AUGGUUUCGGCUUGUACGAAUAAACCGAAUGCCUCGGAAGGCGAGAUUGUCACCCUCCGCCAACCCAUUUUUCAGGUUCCUGCGUCAGAAGCGGUGCCUGACGAAAGCGAGUCCUCGAGCGGGUUAUCGACAGGUGCGAAGGCUGGUAUCGGUGUUGGUGUUGGUGUCGGCGGACUGUUGAUUGUCGGGGCUUUGGGUUGGUUUUUCUGCCUCCGGAAGAGGUCCAAGAAGGUCGAUGCUCAUCAGUAUGAGCGGCCUUGGCAGCAGGAGAAUCCGGAUGCUCCUGUGCUGUCGCCUGAUCCCCGGAGUGGACCGCCGAGUGAGAUGCCCGCUGAGGCAGUUGUGAAGGGCCCGACGGAAUUAGAGGGGGAAGGUAAUGCAAAAGCAAAUGUGGGCUCCGGGGGUAAUGAAGGUUACGAGUUGCAUCGUCGAUGCAUCGGGCUUCGAGACCAUGUCUAA